UUUUUCAGCCUGUUAUGAUUCUAAAUUAAAUGUAUUUGUAAAACAAUUUUGAUUUGGAUGUGUGGGAGGGAAAAGUUUGGAUUUUUUUUUUGACAGAGCGCGUGUGUUUGUCGCGUUGUCUGUUGUUUUGAAAAUCCCACUUGGGUACGGUUUAGAUCUGUUGUCGCAUGGGAGUGUUUGUCAAAGGUAGAUGGAGCAAGAAUUCAGGCAAAGGCCUUGAAGUUGGAGUGUGUUAAGAUUACUUAGGAGUUGCUGUCUUGACUGAAGGAAUGGAGGUAUAUGGCAAAUCUAUGGUUGCAGGUCCUGCAAAUGUUAUUUUUCUGUCGAGUAUUAUGGGUCGAGAUGGUCAAAUUCCUGGUCACGAAUGCGACUGGAAAUGUCAAAAUGAACAUGUUUGUGGAAACAUGUAUCGCUGCAAGCUAACUGGGCUCACUCACAUCUGUGAUAAAAACUGUAACCAGAGAAUUCUGUAUGACAACCAUAGCUCCCUUUGUCGAGCUAGUGGUCAAAUUUUCCCCCUUACACCGGCAGAGCAACAGGCCGUGAGAGGUGUUCGAAGGAAGCAUGAUGCGGCGGAGAAUUCUCCUACCGAAAGCUGUGGUUUUAAGCGUAGACGGGGCGAUGCCCAAUUCCACCCUUCUCCCUUUGAGAGAUCUUUCUCUGCUGUCAGUCCUAUCUGCAGCCAAGUUGGAGAUGGCAUGGAUAUGAGCUAGACAUAUACUAUAUAACUGGAAAAACUCUUUUAUCAUUGCACUUCACUUUUCCCUUUUUCCCCUUUUUCUAUCAGAUGAGUAUGAAUAACGGAACUUGAACAAUUAUAUGGACUGCUUAUUGGUGGACAUGAAUGUUCAUCUAUUGUAGGAACUCCUUAUAUUUCUAGUAUCAAUGUAAUGUAGUGCUUAAUGUAGUUGACUGUUGAAUGGGGAUUUGAGCUGGCUCUAUUUAGUAUUCAGAUGGUUAUGAAAUCUGAACUGAUUACAGUUUCUUU